AUGGGUAUCUCCAAAGCUGUGAUUUUUCUAUUCCUUUUAGUGAUCUUCUUCUCAAUCGCAGAUGUUUCAUCAAGUGCCACGUUUACGUUUCUAAACAAGUGUGGUUUCACAGUUUGGCCAGGAAUUCUGGGCAAUCCGCAGCUAGACACAACCGGUUUCCAUCUCCAAAAGGGUGGUUACCGAUCUAUACAAGCUCCAGCCGGCUGGUCUGGCCGUUUCUGGGGAAGAACUGGCUGCAAUUUCGACAGUUCAGAUAAGGGCUCAUGCACAACCGGUGACUGUGAAUCCGGACAGGUAGAAUGCAACGGAUCAGGAGCAAACCCGCCCGCAACACUCGCCGAGUUCACCCUCGGUUCGGGUUCUCCAGACUUUUACGAUGUCAGUCUCGUGGAUGGUUUCAAUCUUCCAAUGAUGGUUGAGCCAGCGAGCGGAAGUGGUAAUUGUGGGUCCACAGGUUGUGCAACCGAUAUUAACAAGUGGUGCCCAAUUGAGCUCCAAACCGAAAACGGGCAGGCCUGUAAAAGCGCCUGUGAUGCGUUUGGGACCCCGGAAUAUUGUUGCAGUGGGACCUAUGGUUCACCGUCGGCGUGCCAGCCAUCGGUUUAUGCACAUAUGUUUAAGGCGUCGUGUCCGAAAUCUUAUAGCUACGCUUUUGACGAUGCAUCGAGCACUUUUACAUGUACAAACGCGGAUUAUACAAUCACGUUUUGCCCUGCAGCUAGUACAAAGACAUGGAAUUCUACAAAACCCAACGUUCGAAAGAAGAUAUCGAGUGAUUGGUCGUGGUUAGUGAAUCAUACUGUUGGGGAAUCGUCGUCCUUCGCCCAUCCUUGUUUUUUUCUUCAUACAAUGAUAAUUUUGGUGACUGCGUUUAUUACGGCUUUCGGGAUGUACUGAUUUUACAACCUCGAUUAG